GCUGUACAACAUUGAUCUAACGCAUCAAAUCUUCCAAAAUAAAAUGUUUCAAUCCAACGGUCAGUGAAUGCGGUGUAGGAAAAUUCGUGUAGAUCGCCUGUAUAUAGAUCCUCACGUCCCUUCCGUAAAACCGCAAAUUCGUAAACUGUGCGUCACAAAUGGACGAGUAGAAGAUGACAGCGAAUCGAGUAGAUUCUCUGAAACUCACAGUAGCCAUGCACGAGAUUGAUUCCCUACGCGGCCACGCCUUAUCGGACCAGAAGUUUUAGGUUUUUUGAUGUUCUCUUCUUUGGAGGUGAUGAGUCUCGUCUGAUGAAACCUUUUUGGUUUUAUUUAAAUUCAGUUGGACAACCAGAGAUCUUCCACUUGCGUUUUUAGGGUUUUUGAUUGCUAUGGUUGAAUUAAUUUUCAGAUGGUUGGGUGAGUUUAAUUGAUGAUCUGUGUUCGUGGGUGCCCCAAUGGGAAGCAAUAAUGCCACUGGAAUUUGUUCUAUGUUUGAUCUCAUGUAAAAGUAUGUAUUUCCUGAGAUACACAAAUUAAAUGGAUGGAUUCUUGCGAAGGAUUUGGGAUGUUUGAGUGUGACAGUUGGCCUUUCCGGUUUCGAGAAACCGAGCCCAGUGAGUUAUCUCUUAUGGCUCCAGGAAGCAGCAUCUGCAAAGAGGUUCCUGAAUUGCUCAUUACAGAUAUGGAAUCAUUGACUAUCAGUGAAGAAUUGGAGAAUUUUCAACUCAGUAAACCCUCCAAUGCUCCUAAUGUUCCAGGAGCAAUAUCUGCUACAAAUGGUGUACGCGAGCUUCUUGAGUGCCCAGUUUGUACUAUGUCAAUGUACCCUCCUAUACAUCAGUGUCCAAAUGGCCACACACUUUGCUCAAAUUGCAAAGUUAGAGUACAUAAUCAUUGCCCUACUUGUCGAUAUGAACUGGGAAACAUUAGAUGCCUAGCUCUAGAGAAAGUGGCAGAAUCCCUCGAACUUCCUUGUCGAUAUCAGAGCCUGGGAUGUCCAGUCAUGUUCCCAUACUACAGCAAAUUGAAACAUGAGUAUCUUUGCAGAUUCAGGCCCUAUAAUUGCCCCUAUGCAGGUUCUGAGUGCCUGGUUAGCGGAGAUAUACCAUCACUUAUUGCACACUUGAAAAAUGAUCAUAAAGUGGACAUGCAUUAUGGGUGCACUUUCAAUCAUCGAUAUGUCAAAUCAAACUUCCAAGAGGUUGAAAAUGCCACGUGGAUGCUCACUGUUUUUAAUUGCUUUGGGCAGCACUUCUGUCUGCACUUUGAGGCCUUUCUAUUGGGAUUGGCUCCAGUUUAUAUGGCUUUUUUGAGAUUCAUGGGAGAUGAUAAUGAGGCAAAAAACUAUAGCUACAGUCUAGAAGUGGGCGGUAAUGGGCGGAAGCUAAUUUGGCAGGGGGUGCCAAGGAGUAUUCGAGAUAGCCAUAGGAAAGUCCGUGAUAGUUAUGAUGGGCUGGUCAUUCAUCGUUCCAUGGCACUCUUCUUCUCUGGUGGCAACAGGCAGGAGCUGAAGCUUCGAGUGACUGGCCGUAUAUGGAAGGAGCAUUGAUAUGAUGAGAUGAAUGUUUUCUUUACCUCACAGGCCUUAGUCCCUUGACAACUGCUAGUUCUGUAGAUUAAACUGUGAAUACAAUCCUAAGAAACAAUGCUGCGAGUAUUAUUAGCUGGUUCUUACCGUAGAAACUGUAAAUUAUGUGAAUUCUCUGUUUACAUGCCCCAUGAUUAAGUGGGUGUGCAUACAUGUACUCAGUGUCUCUACGGCAUUUAUGGACACUACUGAAUUCUUCCUAACCAGGUCUGGACCUGUUGUCUGUUUC